GCCCGCUCUAGUACCGGGCCAGCCCCGGGCGCAGCGGGAACCUGGUCGCCGGCGGGCGGGCGGAGCUCCGUGUCCUUGCGUGGCCGCAGAGCAGCGGAGCUCGGCGACCAUGGCUGCCCGCCUGUGGCCCGUCUUCGGGUUUUUCAUUAAGGCUGGCUUGGCUGGUGGGUCUGUAUACUUCGUUUACGAUCAGGGGCUGCUGGGAUCGAGUUACCAGGGUCAGGCUGCCCUACGAAGGGCACAGGAGGCAAUUCCAGUCGCUGUCACCCAUUACUCAGACUUACUUUCGAAGCACACGGGAGUCCGGUUGGAGCUCCCACCCACGCCACAUUUCAACAUUAACCUUCGAGACAGCUGGAACUCAGGCAUCAACAGCUUGAUGUCUUCACUAUCCACCGCCCCCUCAACGAUCCAGGCUUAUGGUCGUGAAGCCUGGAACUACAUGAAGGGUCAGAAGUGAAGCUCCAACCCCUCAGGCGCCUUGUUGGGGUGGGGGUGGUGAAAAGGGCUUGGUGUUCAGGAUCCCAAAGCUGUGGAAUGACGUUUGUCCUCCUGAGGGCAGCUUGUGACCAGGCCCUGCCCAAAUAAAGGACUUUAGAACGCUUUCCCCUCA